AUGUUACAGACUCUCGAGGCUAGCUGGCUAGGUGAUAUUCGUAACAGGAGGUCGGACCAUUUUAUUCCGUUCUAUGAAGUGCAGGCGGAAACAGCUUUUCAACAUAUCAAAGACUGUCUGAGUGCUGACACCGUCCUGGCCCACUUCACCCCAACGUUGGAGGUGGGAAUAUCCUGCGAUGCAUCAGACGUGGGAAUUGGCUGUGUCUUGUUUCAUAGAUACAGCGAUAGCAGUGAGAGACCCAUUGCCAAUGUCUCAAAAACACUGACGCAGACCCAGAGAAGAUACAGCCAAAUCCAGAAGGAGGCCCUGGCUAUCAUCUUUGGUCUCAACAAGUUUCACCAGUUCCUGUACGGUCGACGUUUCAUCCUGGUGACAGAUCACAAGCCGCUGAUUGCCCUCUUUGGACCAACGAAGCCAAUUCCAGCUCUGGCAGAAAAUCGACUGGCCAGAUGGGCUCUCACUCUGAGCCAAUACGACCACUCCAUAGAGUAUCGCAAGACAUCAGCGCACGGCAACGCAGACGCCCUGAGUAGAUUGUCAGCGGGGGCGGAUCCUUCCUUUGACAGGGAGGAGACUGGUGCAGACUCAGCAACUAUCUGCACCAUAAAACUGAUCAGCAGCCAAAUCGCACCUGCAGACUCAAAGGUUUUAGAGAGGGAAACGUCCAAAGACCCUACUCUGAACAGGGUGAUCCAGUACCUGCAAGGCAACUGGCCGAAGAACCUCGGUGAUCAAAUUAAACCUUUCUACGUUCUUCGAGACUCUUUGUCUCUCGCGAAUGACUGCAUUUUCUACGGCCACAGAGUGGUGAUCCAGGUCCUCCAGAUCCUGCACCUGGGGCAUUUCAGCAUGCAGAGAAUGAAACAGUUGGCCCGCACUGCUGUCUACUGGCCACGCAUUGAUGCCGAUAUUGAAGACGUCGCUCGACAUUGCACAGCUUGCAACGAGCACCAGAGGCUGCCCCCUAAGCAGCCGUCUCACCCAUGGAUCACCCCCAACGAACCUUGGAGCCGCGUCCAUAUUGACCACGCCAUCAACUUCAGAGGUCACAACUGGCUGGUCAUGGUGGACGCAUUCUCCAAGUAUCCAUGCAACCACCUCAUGUCCUCGAUUACAACCAAGGCGACCACCCGGAGACUCGACGAGGACUUUGCUCACUUUGACUAUCCACACACCAUUGUGACGGACAACGCCACCUGUUUCUCGUCAGCCGAGUUCCAGACCUGGUGUGAGCAGCGGGGCAUUCAACACCUGCACGGAGCCCCCUAUCAUCCGGAGAUGAACGGAGCAGCAGAGAGACUGGUCCAGACUUUUAAGCAGUCUCUCAAGAAGUCUGACUUGCCUCCCGCCGACGCCCUUCAGGCGUUUCUCAUGCACUACCGCCGCACACCGCUGGCCAGUGGUAGCACACCGCUGGCCAGUGGUAGCAGUCCCAGUGAGCUCCUGAAUGGACGUCAGAUCCGUACGGCGCUCGACGUCAUCAUCCCAGCGCAGAGGCAGACAACACCCCGAGUUCGAGAUGAGCCGGUACCUGCUCGUCGUCUCAGCAAAGACAGUCCAUGCUUCGCGCUUACCUACAAAGGUGGGCGUAGGGACAGAUGGAAACUAGCUGUGGUGACCGCCUUCCUGGGUCACAAACUCUACGAGGUCCGUGUGCUACCAGACGGCCCGAUGUGGAGACGACAUGAGGGUCAACUUCGCCCUCGACACGCACGUCACCGGCCGUGA